GGAGCAUUCGUCAAACAAUGAGCAACGAUUAAAAAAAUGGAAUAUUUCAUGUAACGCAAAUGAAACUCAGGAUCCCGAAUUAUCUUAAAAAUAGCCAACUGUUUUCUACGUUUCCAGCUGGAGCGAGACUUCGAAGGCACAGUAAACUCUCGAUCGAUGAACUCGGUUUGCCAAUAUCGUGGAUGCUGCGGCCACUUACAAUGGCAUCCGUGUCAUAGGCUUGGGCAGUACGGUUCAUUCAUGAUUUACUAAUAACUCAUAGUAAAUUUUUCAAGCUCUCGUCACAGUAUUCGUCUGACACAAACUCUCUCUUCUGGUUCACGUUUACUGACUCAAUGUCUUCUGAACGCCUAAAAAUAAAAUGACGAUCUUCCAUUUAAACACGACAAGACAAAAAUUAUAGACGACGUACAAAUUUGAACAACACUAUUUACGUUUUAUGUCGGAAUACAGCAGGUCAAGUGGUCGGGUUUAGCGAAAACAUCGGCUCAAGAAUCGUAUAAGUACGGAGCUAUCGACUCGGUCCGCGAGACUGGACCUGCUGGAAUCGACGGGAUCUGACCAAGCUUAUCGAAUCGAUGAGGGGAUUUUUGUGUCUACUGUUCUUGGGUCUACCGUUUGUCAUGGCAGCACAAUCAGAGUACGAGCCCUGCAAAGCUUGCAUUUACCAAGCUACGCUGGCUGAAUUGUCAGGUGUCAAACUGCGGCUGUACACAUGUGAUGACCUCGACACGUUCACAGAGGUAAUGGUGGGCAAUGCUGCGGACUUGCUGGCCAAAAUGGACUUGAACAAGUCGACCGUUGUGUUUAUCUUCGGUUGGUUCGGAACUACAAAUUGGAAAAACUCCCAAGCCGUAGUCACUGCAUAUCUCGAACGACGGGAUCACAAUGUUCUGAUGUUAAACUGGGCGAACAUCGCUGACAAAGAAUACCUCUACGCUGCUCGAAGCAUUCCUGGUGUCGGCUACACUUUGGCCACAGCCCUCAAUGAGUGGGUGACGGCCGGUCUGAACUCGUCCUCUAUUCACCUGGUAGGCCAUUCGUUGGGAGCCCACGUCUGUGGGUAUGCUGGACGAUACGUGAAUUUCACUCUGCCUCGAAUCGUAGGGUUAGAACCCGCGGGACCAUUUUUCUAUACCGUCUUGGAGCGUCUGAAGCCCAGCGAUGCUGAAUUCGUCGAAGUUAUCCAUACGGAUGCGGGAGUCCUUGGUAUGGACUUGGAAGUGGGGCAUGUCGACUUUUAUCCCAAUGGCGGUACCAGCUUACAGCCUGGAUGUUUGAUAGCUUAUACCUGCAGUCACGUCAGAUCCUGUCUUUUCUAUGCCGAAUCAGUGCGAAAUGAGGACGCAUUUAUCGGUCGCGCCUGUGAUUCAAAUUCGAAAUUCAAGAUAGGUUCAUGCAAUUUCAAUGGUUUAUCGGUAAUGGGUUACGCCACACCGACCACCACAAGGGGCAAGUUUUACCUUCAGACGAACUUUGCUUCCCCCUACGGUCUAGGCGUGGAGGGUACGACGUACGAUGAUUCGUCGAAUCUACUAGUAUCAACUAUUCAAAGUCUGAUGGAGGUGGCGGCAUCCAAAGAUUUGAUCGAGGCUGUUUCUGUUCCCUCGACUCAACGAUCAUAGUCUAAUUUAAACAGUUGCAAAAAUAUUAUAUCAAACAGAAAUACUCUGUCGAAGAUUCUAAUCGACUUAGUACAAUUAUAAUUUCCUCCCAUUCCCAUUCCCCUCCUGAAUGUACAAACUGUCUGAAACUGCGAUGGAGUACUUAUUAAAAUGCGGCUAUAACUUGCCGUCACAUACGUGCGAUUUUGCACACUAUUUGAUAUACCGCAGGGAACCCGAUAAAACCACUGCACGAGCAUGUCGUUAAGUUGACACCGAGUAAUUUGCCUGCUAAUUACGUGGCGCAGAUACGCUCGGGUUGAUACACGACUCGACGUUGGUCAGUUAAACCGCAGGUGCAAAUCUUGGCUUGCCACUUGGUGGAUUGCAGCGGCCAGCUGAUAACUAACAAUUAAACAACAACGAACUGAGCAACGAUGAUGGGUUGUGUAUCGUUUUCCGUUUCAAAAUUGCAAUUCAACUCUGCAUUUAGUUUGACGAACGAUUUUGCAAGUUCAAAAUGAAUUCAAAGUAAUUCACGUAAAACGACAUGUGGUCAUAACGUUACAGGAUAAAGUAGGGUAUGUUGGAACUAUAGUUUAGGUUACUACAGGUUCUACAUAAAGUAAAUUUCUCGCCCUACACUUUCCUAUUGAAAAGUCCAACGUGAUUGAUGGUUUAACAUACCCCACUUUCCCCUAUCUUUGAUUGAUUUUCUAAUCACGGGAAGCAGAAAGAGAUGUAAUAAUUCGAUUUUGCAGGUCAAUUUCAUUCUUGUGAGUUUAUGUAAAUGGCGGUAUUAAAACUGACCAAAAUUGGGCAAUACGGACUGCUGAAGAACAGUUGUCACGAUCAAUUAGGAAAUUCUCAAUUUGCGAUUGUGUAAGAUUUACAUAAAGUAGACACCAAAUAUGGCCUGGGGAAGUUCAUACCAGAAUAUUUUUUUGCAGUAUGGGGCGGUUGUUGGAGUUAUUUUUUCAAAUAUCUAGUCUGAAAUUGAUUGAUAGUUUAUAAUUGGCAACGUUACAAGAUAAUCAUGCGGAAAGGAAAAGAUUGAUCGAUUUAUCAGAUGAGUAAUUAAUUAUUGAUUGAGUAACACCUUGCACACGAUGUUAUGUUAUGGGUGUUCUGGUGAAAUUGUCGGCGAGGCAUCCUAAAUUGAUAGUGAAAUUCGAUUCAAGGGAGCUAAAUGUUUACGAAAUUCAUGAUCAAAAAAAGACUCUGCGUCAUUCAGUCGUUGAAAUAUAAUACAAUUUUUUUAAAGAGGUUUCAGAGCAAUUGUGCAAUAAUUGAGACAGAAGAAAAGUCGACUAAUCAUAGUUGAUAGGAACUGUAAAAUGCAGAUUAAACAAACGAAUAAAUGAAUAAAUUUUCUGUGAAACGUUCAAGUUUAAACUCUAAGCAGCGGAAUUGUUAGAUUUCUAUACGAGGUUUAAAAUAGAAAAGACUAAACGCAUUUC